AUAAUAAAAAUGAAUAUGAAAAUAAUUUAAAACAUAAUACAUUUUUACUGCCUUCUCAGAAUCUUCUUUUGUAAGCUUUCAAUGAAAGCUUUUUUCCAACGGCUCAAAAAAGUUUGAAUAUUUGUUUUUUUUGAAACAUCUCAAAAAAUGAUUUUGAAAGAUUUUGAAUUUUUUAAUCUUUUUGAAAUCAUCCAGAGUUGGUCCUUUUGUGCUGGACAUUCAUACUAGUUCCAUAUGAACUAGCACAGUAUAAGCGCACAGAUAAUUCACAUCAAUUCUUUACAAAUCAAGCGUCCCAUUAAAUCGGAAGUAACAUUCAGUAACAGUCAACCAAAACUUCAAGAUUCCAUCCCUGUAACAACCAAAACAACUUUCAAAAUCAAAUUUACAUAAAAAAAAGUCUAUUUUAAUUAAUUUCACAGUGAAUUUCUUAACUUACCUGCCAAUAAAUCGCCUAAAUGAGUGAAUAAAGAUACAGUAAAGUGUUAAAAGUGACAAAAUAUGGACCAGAAACUUGAAACAUCAAUUAAAAUAUCAAACAUUCAAAGCCUGCAAGAGAUAAAGCAAGAAAAAGAGCCGAUAGAAGAAUCAACAAUUAAAAUAAGAACAAUAUCUGAGAUAAAUCAAUCACCGCCACCUCAAUCUCCAAAAAAUAAUGUCUUGGUAUCAAAACAGCAUCCACAACAAAUAUUAUCCAAGCAUAUAGUCGUACGGAAAGUUCCAAAUGCACCAACAAAUAUUAAACAUCCACAAAUGACGAGAGUAAUAGCUACAAAUGGAUCUAAUAUAAUUAAAGGACCUUUUCCAGAACCAGUUGUUAAGCCUACAAUUAAUUAUACAGUUCCGCCAGUGUUGGAAGCCUACAUUAAGCAAUUGGAAGAUGAAAAUAAAGAAAUGAAGAAAGUGUUAAUGGAAUGUAGAAAAGAAGCAGUCGCGAUACAGAUGAGAACGCAUAAGUUGACAAAUUUAAUAAAUGCUACAGUAGCUAAAUGUAAUUCUAAGCGUCCAUUAUCUGGCUUAAAACAGCCUAUAGUCGCUGUAUCAGCUCCUCAAUUACUCAUUAGUCCUCAACAAUCACAACAAAUACAAGCACAACAGCAUCAAAUGCAAAGUCCACCAACGCAGUCAGGAUUAAUGCAAAGGAAGCAGUUUAAAGUGUUACCAAGAAAAGGCAAUAACGUUACAGCUAAAGGCAAUAUCGUCUGUAGAGUGCCUAUCUUUCCAAUUAGUAGAUUACCAAUUAUAAAGCAGCUGGAGCUAGAUCUGAGUAAAAAGGAAUUUUCAGAGUAUGUCUUUCAAAAGCUAUAUAAUGUUAAUAACAAGUCGGAUAUCGAUAAGCCUUCAAUUUUACUUAAUAAUACGCUCAAUUCUAUAAUCGAUCCAAAACUCAUGGGACAGUUCCAGUAUGAAGUACCGCCAGAUUCGAAUGAAUCAAGUGAAUGUGAAUAUUUUAAGUCAUUACAGCGAGUACGUGUGCUUUAUGGGAAGUUGGUCAAUUCUCUAUCCAAUACAAUCUUCGCUAAAAGUGUGGAUAUGGUAGCGCUAGAGAAAUUCGUCAAAAACAAAAUAUCUGCACAUAGAAAUGAAUAUCUUGCGACGUUGGAACGACUUAAAAGCACUAAAAUGCCUGUAGAUAAUAAGGUAAAUUCCUUUGAACCGACGAUUAAGAUGGAAAAACUAGAGCCUGACGACAUCAAACCUAUUAUUGAGAACAAUUUUCGGUGGCUUAGCGAAGACGAGGAUGUUCCAAUGUAUUCAGAAGAUGGUUAAUGAAUAUUACUAUUAUUAUUUCUACAGUUAAAUAAAGUUAAAGAUAUUUCAAAUUA